CCCUCUAACGGUCUUACAAAUCCCACUAUAUAUUGUUAAAUUAAUCAUUUUUAUACUUAUCUAAAUAUAAGCAAAGCGAAAUGUUUGAUUGGCCCUAGAAGUAAACAACGAAGGUGCUCUAAAAUGAAACUGAGGAUAUGAACAAACGGAGCCUGGGAAAAACCUCACAAAACACGAAUUUUGCCGUCAUCGAACUCGAACUCCCAUACUCAGAAAAUCAAAUAUAUAUAUUUGUAUCGGGCAAGAGGCGCACUAAAGUCGGAACUUGAAGCCCGGGCGGCAGGUAAUCUAUGCAAAUCCAAAACAGAAACCAGAGAUUCUUCUAGAAAGCAGCCGAGAAUCGAGGGGAAUCUUCUAGAGAAUUCGUGUGAAGAUGUUGGAGAACUUGCGCGGUAUUUUUCGGAAACGACGUCGCUGCGAGACAGACACGCCCCCGCCGGCAGCCACGCCCCCGGUCAGCAAGUUGCCGGAGAUAAUACCCCGAUAUCCGGAGGAUAUAGACGUCGACUCCCCCGAGUACAGUGAUGGCUAUGAGGUCUCCUGGUCGGAGGCUUCUUUUCACAGUCCUCAAUCAGAUAGACCAUAUAACACCAGCGAGAGAUUCGUCAACAUACUGGACCAGCUGGAUGCCCGUGUGGAGAAGCUGCGCAAGGAUGCACUCAACCUGCAGGAGAAGAAAGACUACCUACUGAUGUCCAUGGAUCUGAUCAAGAGCAACGAAAUGAUGCAGAACAUGAGCGAGGCCGAACGAGAAGAGAUCAUGUUGUACAUACAGCGAGUGAGCUCCCGCUUGGGCACCGUGGAGCUAAAUGUGCGCACUGUGCGCGACAACUCGCAGGAGGAUUCGCUCAGCCAGAUAAACGCGCUGAUCGACACCAUGAUCAAGAUGGGUGAUCCCGUGAUAGCGCGUCAACGUUGCCAGCUGUACUUAAAUGCCUGCUGCAGCAGCUCGAUGGAUCCGUCCGGACACAUGGACACACUGCCCGAGGCCGACGUGGGCCCCAUCGACAAGAAGUUCGAGAGCGUUCUGCUCGGCUGCACUCUGGAUGAUCAGAAGAACAUCAAGAAGCGGCUGCAGGCCUUAAUGGGUUAUCUGAAUAAGCAAACUGUUAGCCAUUAAUCUAAUUGUUUUUGGUCCAUUAACUAUUCAUAGCAUUAUUAUCAAACCAAACGAACUACAUCACCACGCCAGACGAAACGAAUAAUAAACGAAACAUAUACACAAGAA